CUGAGGGGCUCGGCAGGUCGGCCAGGCUGCGUUCGGUGUCUCAACCUGCAAGCUACACUCCUUAAGAAUCAGCUACCCUUGCUUCCUUGUCGAUCUUCUCCGCCAAUCAUGCUGGAACAUCUGAGUUCGCUGCCCACCCAGAUGGAUUACAAGGGCCAGAAGCUAGCUGAACAGAUGUUUCAGGGAAUUAUUCUUUCUUCUGCUGUAGUUGGGUUUAUCUACCGGUACGUGGCUGAACAGUUUGGGUGGACUGUCUACAUAGUUAUGGCUGGAUUUGCUUUCUCGUGUUUGCUGACACUUCCUCCAUGGCCUAUCUAUCGCCGACAUCCCCUGAAGUGGUUACCUGUUCAAGACUCAGGGCCAGAACACAAGAAAUCCUCGGGGGACAGAAAAAUGAAGAGACAUGCCAAAAAUAAUUGAUCGGGGCUUUCACGAUUCAAGUCAUAUUUUAAC